AUGGAAAAGCAAGGCAACAUGGAAUUAUCUUUAGAUACUGAAACUCCCGAAAAGAGAGUUUUAUCAUGGUUGUCACAAACGGACAUGCCCGCCUCUAUUCGAAAUAACUGCGAGAUCAGUGCUACUUUGAAUGGAACGAACAAAAAUAACUGUGCUAAAAUAAAAAAUGUCUCAAAAUCAGUUCGCUCUUGUGUUCGGCAAUUACCCAAGCGUUAUCAGAAAGGUGGGCUUAGUAGGUACUUUUCGAUUAAUUACGAAAAUAAUGAUGAGAGUGCUUCCUCGGAUUCGGAGAGAGAAUUACAAGAACAUUCGAGGGGCAACAGACUUUAUUGCGAUGCAGAACGUAACUUAAUAAUCCGCUACAUUGUGGAAAAGAAAUUGUUUCCUUUCCUGAAAGGAAAUACGAUCUGGAAACAGAUGGAAAAGGAAAGAAUUUGUUGUAGGUCCUGGCAAAGUAUGAAAACACAGUUUCAUAAAUAUAUUUAUCCACAUUUAGACGAUUUUGAUAUCUCAGACACUGAUAGAUGCUACUUCGCACUGAGCAUGACACGUAGUCCUUUUAAGAAAUCUGUAGGUUUUCUAUCACCAGGUCAACGAGGUUGGAGGAAGAACGGUAAAUUUUACACUUUCAUUGAAGAUGCAAUCAUUCUUUAUUAUAUUCUUGAAAAAGAAAGAUAUGGAUUUGCCAAUGGAAAUACAUUAUGGCAAAGAAUGGAGUCGAAGCAUGUUGUUCCUGGCCGAUCAUGGCACUCAAUGAAGUCUCGGUACAAGAAUUUUCUUUCGAAGUAUAUUGAGCGAGUAAGCUAUCCCAUGAAGAAUGGUAACACGUCACAAAAGAAAAAACUUGGUGCAGUUGAGAAAACGAAGUUAUUACAGGAUUUCAUGGUUGACCAUUUAAAUGAUGUAGCUGCUACUAUAGGAUGUAUAACCAAUUCAAAUGAGAGUUUGGAGGAACUAAGAUGUCUUGGUAUAAAUUCUUCAUUUUCUAUACCGCUUCCAGAAAACUAUACAGAUUUCACUGAAAGAGAAGUUAUUAAAAAGUGUGUUUGGGAUAUAGCACAGCAACUGGAUGGAAAGUUUAAAGUGUUAAUCGAAUAUUCUAAUAAAACUGCAAUGAAAUGUAAGGAAAUAAUUAAUGUAUUUUCACCAAAAUACUCUGAAUCUUUUAAAUGUGGGGAACAAUCUCUCUGCUCUCCUGAAUGCAACUCUGAUUUGUCUGAAAGUGUUCAACGAGGAUUGAAGAUUUCCUCACCCACACAUUAUGCGAGAAAACUUUUUCAAAAUCCAGAAAAAAGUAGCAAUAAACCGUGCACUAUAGUUAAUCCUGAAAGUGAUACCCUUGAUAGAAUUAAUUUUUCAGAGAAUGUUGUUUUUGAAAGAAUUAUCUAUUUGACUGAAAAAGUAGGAGCUGGUGUAAAAGAUUGUCCUUAUAAUGCAGGUGAAAAUGUUCGUGAUUUCCUUUUACAUAAUUCUUCAGUUUCUAAAGGUGAUGUACAUUUCUCAAAUACUCUGACGAAAACAUGUACCAUUUCACAAAAUACAGGAAAUGUUGAUGAAAAAACAACUGAAAUUUUGAACUGUUCAGAGAUAGGGGAUGAAAAUCCAUUAGGAAAUAUUUUGCAGGAUGAUUAUACAACUUCUGAUACAAUCCAUUGUGACAGUAGAUAUUCAAAUGGAGAAAAAGAAAUGCAACAAAACAACCAAAAUUCAUCAUCUACAUAUAAUAUACACAUGCCAGAAAGCUUUUCAACUGUGAAUUCUUUAUGUACUACUGUACAAAAUGAUGAAUUUAUUAAACUGCCGAAGUUAACUCUUGCUUCUGUUGAACAUGCCUUUAGUAAUUUUAAAAAUGAAGAUACCAAAGAAGUAAAUAAAUCAUGUAAUACUUUCAAUGCAUGUUCUAAUGUUUGUGACAUGUCAAGUGUAAAAUUAAGACCCUCAAAUGCAACUACUCAAGAAAAAAUUCUUUCUCCAGAAAUUCAGAGGAAAUCUAAUAAUAACAAACAAAAUAAUUUAUAUAGAAAUUCAUUGAUUCUUGAAGCCAUCCAGAAGGCUGAAUGUUCAGAUGCUAUGAAAAAACUGUGUUUAAGUGAAAUGCACCCCAAUUCAGUGUCAUUGAACAUUCCAGAAAAUACAUUUACAAAAAAGCCAUUGGAUAUGAAUGUGGAAUCAGAUUGUGCAUUAAAAAAUACCAUAUAUUACAUUUCUGAAGAAAGUAAUACAUUAGAUUCCAGUAGGAAAUCCAAAUCUGACUCUGGUAAACGUGUUAGAAUUUCUAAUGAGUUUGAUAAUGAUAAAUUAUCUACUUGUUUUUCAGCACAUGUUUAUGUGGAUCAGAAUUCAAAGGAUCUUAUGGUUGAUGACAGUUGUAAGUUAGAGACUUCAUCGAAUCUAAAUUCAUGCCACGUUUUUACCAGGCAACCUCUGUCAAAUAAUAAUCAUACCCAGAUGCAUGACAAAUUGGAGUUACAUGUAGAACGAAGAUUACAUUUGACAGGAGAGGCAGAUUUUGAACCAGACUUACGACUUCAUUUAUCAGAAGAUGACUCAGAAGAAGAACCGGAAUUGCAUUUACACAUAUCAGAAGAUGAGUCUGAAGGGGAACGUGAAUUAAAAUCACACUUGACAGAAAAUGAAACAGGAAAAAUUCAAUAA